AUCGCUGCCGCCGGUGGCUUACGAAACAAGAACAGAAGCCUCCUCCUCUCUCUUCUUCUCCCAUCCCCCCUCCCCGAUCCUCUCGCCCACCUCCAGAUUCAAAUCUUGCGAGCAGUUUAUCCCUCCAUUGGAUUUGAUCCAGUGACGUCCUAACAACCCGGCUGGCUGGUGGAAGUGGAGUUUGAGAGCUUGCUUGUCCUGAAAUCACGCCUCCUUCGUCUCGGGCCGGGUUUCGUUGGUUGGUUUCUUGGUUCUCGAGCCAAUGGAGGAGAGUUCUUGCAGAUUGGAGUAAAAAAAGAUCUUAUGUACUAGUAGUGGUGGCUAGUGAGUGAUCUGGGUUUCGUUCGGUUUGUUUUGUUUCGCCUCCCCCCAAUUUGGUGCUUUCGGUGUCUGUGCGAAGCGUGUUGGGAUGACGAACCGAUUGGAUUUCUUGUGAGCGACUACUCCUGAUUGUUUCGUUGUUGAUUCGCCUUUAUUUCAUUGAUUAGAGUGGAAAAAGGGCUUAUCGUUUUUAUUUUUUUUGGCUAUUUGUGAGCAAUUUUUUGUUCUCCUCCAUCUAGCAUGUUUGUUUGUUUGUAAUUGCUUCAGAAGGCGGCGAGUUUGCUUAAUUUUUGGUAGAAAAUUUAUCUUCAUUGGAUCUAUAGCUAUAGCGAAGAUUUGGAUUCUUGAGGGAGAUUUUUUUUUGUUUAAAUUCUUGUUGGAUCCGGCGAUUUUUGUCCGGAUCAAGAAGAAGGGGAGAGAAAUCUUGGCUCCUAGCGGCCAUGGGGCUGAGCCGCUUCUCCGACUGGAUAUGGCCGGGGAGUAGAACCACCCGGCGAGCUCGCGACGCUCCGGCGAGCAGCGUGGCCUUGGCCGUGGCCGGCGCGCUGUUCCCGGACUCCCCCUCCGGGUUCCGGGAGCCGACGGUGGGCACCCUCAGGGGCCCGGCGAGCUCCGGCGGCGGCGCUCGACGCGCCCGGAAGGGGACGAGCCGGCGGCGCAGCCGUGAGGUGGUCGACAGGGAGCACGACAUGGUCGUCGUGCCGCUCGGCGGCGGCGGCGACGGGUACUCGUCGGACUCGGGCUCCGACGACUCCGACUGGUCCAUCGGCUGGCUCGAGCCGCAGGGGCCGGAGCUCCACAGCGACGGGGAUUCCGACGGCAGCUUCGCCGUCCUCGUGCCGUGUUACCGCCACGGCCGUUGCCGCGUCGAGGAGCCCGGCCGCGGUAGGCUCGCCGACGGCAACGUUUCCGGUGGCAAGAAUUUUGUAGAGCGCUGGCUUUCUUCUCUUCCAAACUGAUUAUUUAUCCAUUCUUCUAUGGCUUCGUUAUCUUUAGCAUUUUUAUGUCUCUCGUAUUUGUAAAUAUAUCGAUGAAGACAUGAACCCCAGAAAACACCCAACAAAAAAGAAGAUUAAAAGUUGAGGAGCAGUGGACCGAGAUUCCAACGUUAAGGUACUCUUGCAGUGUACUAAGAGUCAUGAAAACGAAAGAUUACUGCCACGUGCUGACAACCUGAAGUUGAAUCGACGAAUUGUUAAGAUUACCAUUGAUCUACUUGCUUCGGGAUGUUUAAUCUACCUGUAUAUGAUGGCAGUUUACCUCAUUUGUGUGACUGAAAUUCUUCUGUACAUAUAUGAAGGCAGAAACAUUUGAGAUGAACUCCAAUGAGAAUAUGCAUUUCUUCUGUAUAUAUAAUAAACGAUUGUCCGUAUGUGUCUCUGAAGUCCAGAAUUAAUUCAACUAUUUAUCCUAUAUA